UUUUCAUUUCCCAUAAUAUAUAAGCACACCCUCUACUGGUUUGUUGCAACAUCUGUCGGCUCGUGUGCACUAUCCCCACACUGACGUUUCCAUAUAUCUGGCAUUAAGGAAUACCAUCUAAAACCCAGAUCCAUAGCCACAACAAAUGUCCCCACCCCAUACUGCCAGCUCCCGUGGGCCUCGUCCCAUCAACAUGAACAUGGACAACCUUAACAUUCCUACCUUCACGUUUGGCCUGGUGUCCCCAGCUUCGUCGACUUCCACCACGGCCUCAUCGACCAUAUCCAACCCAUUUUCCACCACCACAGACCAAGCCCCGGGAUAUAUCUCGCCCAGUGUAUCAUUGAAUAUUCUGACAUCCAUGCCCAAGUCACCGCUGAUGAAAUCUCCCAUAUCGAUGAAGUCACCUACCCAUUUGCAUAGUCCUCACGAUUUGCCCAUUCAGAAAGCGCAUGCUGGUGAACUUGAGCAGUUUGUAACAAGCCACAAACCGGUGAUUAUCGAUAUCCGCUCCUUCAACCACUAUAUGAACUUCAAGAUAAGUGGAUCUGUCAACGUGUGUAUUCCCUCAACCUUGUUGAAGCGUCUGUCAUACAAGUUGCCCAACAUCCUCUCUUCCUUCAAGUUAAGUCAAGAGACUCAGGAAAAGCUUUUACUGGGAUCCACAAACGUCUUGUUCAUCGACACAAACUCGAAUGACAUGUUGAGCUACCCUUUGUAUCAGACAAUCCAGAAGUUUGUGGCCCACAACAAGGACUUGCACCUUUGGUACCUUUUUGGGGGUAUUGAAAGUAUCAAUAAGAAUUCAUCCAUGGUGGAGGUGGAAUCACCCGUAGCUAGUCCCAACGAUUACAAAGGGGAAGACAGUGGUUCCUUCGCGACGUGUUGUGCGGCGGGUCCUCCCACCCUGCUUUCCGGCUUCCAAUUACCUUCCUCCACCCCUUCCAACCAGAAGUUCUUGUCGUCUUUGAAGAAGAAUGUGCCCAAAUUGGAUAUCAAAUCGAUCAUCGAGUCCGAAGACCUCAAGGGCUACAACUAUACUUUCAAGGUUCCAUCUUCGUCCAAGAACUUGAAAAACUUGCCGUUGUGGUUCAAAACAAUUCUUCUCGAUGACAGGGGCGAAGUCAAUCUGAACUCCAAAAUCUUGAAACACCUUAAUGCCAAGUUCAACAAAAUCGAAAAGGUAGAGCAAAUCAGAUUGAACUUGGCCAUUACUGAUACCACCUCCAAUAAGGCCGACCUUGAAAACCAUACGAGUUUCUGUUCAGCUUCUACUCCAUGUCCUCAGUGUGAUGAUAUCAACUAUAAGAUCCCCAAAGGCGUUGAGUACGGGUUCAAAAACAGGUACAACAAUGUAUGGCCCUACGAGCACUCAAGAGUUAGAUUGGACCAUUCUCCCCAUCCGGGAGCUACAGAAGCAACAGAAGGCAAUGAGGCCAGUUUCUUUGAAGGUGUCUCUUUUGAUGAUUACUUCAAUGGGAACUACAUUAACUACUCCAAGAUUUCUGAUAAUCUGUACAUCGCCACCCAGAACCCAUUGCCGUCUACGUUCAAAGACUUUUGGAAACUCAUCUGGAGCAAAAAAACAAAGCUUAUCAUCUGUCUUAAUACCCAGAGCAGUUUGCAACCAAGUUACUUCAACACCCAAAUAUUGGAUAAUUUCUCCGUUAAAGAAGUUGAGGUGAAGGAAUAUGGUACUUUCAUCAUGAAGGUAAUUGAGGUUACUAAAACACUUGCUGAUCACUCGGCGGAAAUGCUCACCGUACACCACUUGGAAUUUAUCAACUGGCCAGAUUUUGGUGUUCCUGACAUCGAUACGUUGAUCGGAUUUAUCAACUUCAAGAACAAGUUGAUCGAAACUCAGAACUUGGGUAACGGGUGUUUGGUUCACUGCUCCGCCGGAUGUGGCCGAACCGGUUGUUUUAUUGCUAUUGAUCUGAUCAUCCACUUACUUAAAAACUAUGAUGGUGAUUCUUCUCAAUAUCCACUGGCAACGAAUUACAGCAAUAAGGAGAAUGACAGCAUCAAGUUUGAUCCUUUUGGCGACGUCGAUCUUGUCUAUAAAUCAAUUCAGUUCCAAAGAACCCAGCGAAUUUCCAUGUGCCAGAACUUUGACCAGUUCAUUGUAUGCUACGAAUCGGUGUUGAAGUAUCUUUUAGAUUUUGUAUUAUAAUGAUGUAAUGAAUAAUGAUCUUAUUAAAAU